AUGCUUGACGGAAUUGAAUCGGCCAACGAAGGUCGCCUUUUACGAAUCUUAGAGGCAUUUCUGACACCGUCUUAUGUGGCACGGCUGCGUACCAUCCUCUCAGACCAAGUGAAAAAUGACGAAAGCUAUCUCAAAAAUUUGCGGCUCCUCACCUCGAGUAUGCACAAAGCUUUCCAGAGGGGACAUGUUGCAAUGAAGUUAAAACCCUACCGGGGUGUCAAGCGAGUCGAAGAAAGGGAGAUGUUGAGCAAUGAUAUCCACAAAUUGAGUUCUUACGGGCUGUAUAGGCUCUUCCCAAAAGACUGGUACGGUCUUUUCCUUGGAGAUGGCACGGAAUGGGAAUAUAACAUCUUGUUUACGCAAAAAUUCACACCUGAUAUGAAACGCCUUCCACUACCGAGCUGUCAUCUCUUCGAAAUCCAUUCUCGAUUCGCCACUGCAUUAUAUCAAUUUUUUGUUAUUGACAAGAUUUCUAAAGGUUGGUUAAAGGAUCGAUGCCUAGGAUUACUCUCGGAUUUUUCCUUUCCCCCAAUUAGGCGACUUUUUAUAGCUUAUGGCUGUGUUUACCGUCUACAGUACGUGUAUUGCUGUCACUACUUGGUACGAUUCGGGAGAUGGCUAUAUGGACCUACAGGAGCAGUAUCGGUUGCUCGGGCCCCUUUUAGACUCUACAUUGAGCAAACCACACGUUCUGGAAUCAACGAACCUAACGCCCUCAAACUCAUUGAGUAG